UGGAAGGAUAUAAUCAUAAACAUUAAUUCCUACUGUAAUUUGUGUCAUACAUGCAAGAUCAGCAAACCUAACAAUCAGAAACCGUUUGGUUUACUACAUCCACUCUCAGUACCUAAUAGGCCUUGGGAAGGCAUAGGAAUGGACUUUGUUGGACCUUUUCCUGAAUUGAAGAACUGUUUAGAACCUUUUGAUAUGAUUUGUACAGUUAUUUGUUUAUUAACUAGCAUAGUACACAUUAUUCCUACUAGGCAAACAUACAGAGUAAGAGAAAUUGUAGAGAUAGUAUUUGAAAACGUCUAUAAACUGUAUAGACUGUCUAAUUACAUUGUUAGCAAUUGUGAUUCCCUAUUCACCAGUACGUUUUGGAGAAGAUUAUAUGAACUUAUAGGUAUUAAAUUGAAGCUAUUGAGUGCAUAUCAUUCACAGACCAAUGGAUCAACUGAGAGAAUGAACAGAACAAUUACUCAGAUGCUCAGACAGUGUAUUUCUCCUAAACAAAAAGAUUGGAUACAUAAACUACUGAUGAUCAAGUACACUAUCAAUACAGUAAGGUCAGAAACUAUAGGAUAUGUACUAUUCUUUCUAAAUUAUGGCUGGAUGCUAAGGAACUUAAUAUGGAACAACCCUAGGAAGGAUGAAUAUCCUAGAGUAAGGACUUACACUCAGAAAGCACACAAUACAAUCCUUCAGACAAGGGUAAAGCAAACUAGACAUGCUAAUAGACACAGACAACCCUCUUCCUUUGAAUUAAACAAUCUAGUGUAUGUUUCUAUAAAGAAUAUGAAUCUACCAAGACAGCAAGCAAGGAAACUAGUACCAAAGUACAUAGGACCUUACAGAAUAAUCUGGAAUGCAGGAAACAAGGCAUUUGAACUAGAUUUACCUAGGGAAAUGAGGAAUUGUAACAUACAUCCAGUAUUUCAUUCAUCACUACUCAGGAUACAUGUUCCAAACAAUGAUAGAUUAUUCCCUGGAAGGGAAGUAGGACAAGUUACUGGAUUAAAUGAUGAGAACAAGGAAUGGACAGUAGAUUCAAUUGAAACUCAUGCAGGACAAGGGACUACUACUUUGUUCAAAGUACUAUGUGUAAGGAAACUCACUGUUCCUCACAAGAGAAUUCUAAUUGCCCUUAGUUCACUCAACUACUGA